AUGUUUGGGAAAAUCAUAAUUUCUACAAUUAUCAUUGUGAUUCUAUCAUCUUUUGUCUUUAUUUAUCAAAGCAUUCCAGAAUAUAAAGGAGAAUGGUCAUCCUAAAAUAUAGACAAUGAUGUAAAGUAUUAAAUAGAAAUGAAAUUAUUAUAGGAUAUUUAGAGAUAAACAAUUUGGUAUUCCCCAUAUACAUGCAAAAUCCUUAAAAGAAGGAUUCUAUGGAUUAGGAUUUGUACAUGCUUAAGAUAGAUUAUGGUAAUUACAUUUAAGAAGGUAAUCUAUAAAUUUCAAUAAUUUAGAAUGUCAUCAUAAGGUAGAUUAAGUGAAAUCUUUGGAUAUCGCUAAGAAAUUUUAAAUAUAGACAAAUAUAUUAGAAAUUUAGGAUAUCUUGAAUCAUGUAAAAGAAUAGUUGAAAAAUUAAGUGAAGAAGCAAGAAUCCAUUUAUAAUAUUAUGCAAAUGGUAUAAAUGAUGGAGUGAAAUCCUUAUAAAUAUUACCGAUUGAAUUUAAAAUAUUAGGAGUAUAAUUUCAAGAUUGGUAAAUACUUGACACUGUAGCAUUCAUUAAAUUAAUGUCUUUAUUGAAUGUAAAUGAUAUGUUUCAUGAAUUUAUGAGAUCAAAGUUUGAUGAAUUGUAUGGAAGAGAACUAGCAAAUAUAAUAGGUUCAGUUGGACCACAUAACUAAUUUGAUUCAGAUGUUACAGAAGUUUAAUAAAAUGAAUGGAAUCAAUUUAUAUAAAACAACAAUGUAUCAUACAAUUAAAAGUUUGGAUAGAAUACUAAUAAUAAUUAGAAUACUGAAAAUAAAACUAAAACUAAUUACAAUAUAACAGAUAUUUUAUAAUCAAUACCAGAAUAUUAUUCCAAUUAUAUAUUCCCAACUCUUAAAGCAUCUAAUGCUUGGGUUAUUAGUGGUAAUCAUACCAAAAGUGGAAAACCACAUUUAGCAAAUGAUCCACAUUUAGAUAAUAACAUACCAUCUUAAUGGUAUUAGGCUGAAAUAUAUUUUUAGAUGGAUAACCAAGAAUAUAAUUAUAUCAUAGGUGGAACAUUACCUGGAUUACCAAUUUGUAUGAGUGGAAGAAGUAAAUAUUUAGGUUGGGGAUUGACUACUUUAUAUUCUGAUGGAGGUGAUAUAUAUGAAGAGGAAAUAAUAAAAAAAAAUGAAGAAGAUUUAUUCUAUAAAUUCAAUAAUUAAUGGAUUCCUUGUAAUAAAACAGUAGAAAUCAUUAAAAUUAAAGGGUAAGAAGAUUAAUAUAUUACUAUUUUUAAUACUCAUCAUGGCCCUAUUAUGUAAUACUAUAUAGAAAAUAAUAAAUUAAGAGAUCAUAAUGGACAUUUUUAUUCUUUAUAAUCUAUAGUUCAUAUAGAUGAUUAUGAAUCCUUUGAUGGAUUUAUUAAAUUUGCUUAAGGAAAGGACUUAAAGUAAAGUAUGGAACUUUUGAAACAUAUCUCUUAUCCAAAUAAUGGAAUGGUAUUCAUUAGUCAUGACAACCAUAUUGGUUAUUUAUCAACAGGAAGAUUAGUAAUAAAAGAGGGACAUCCAGAUGAAAAUGCAUAUGUUAAGAAAAAUAAUAAAGAAUGGAUUAGAUAUGUACCAUAUAAAGAAAUUCCUAUGAUUAUUGAUCCUGAAAAAGGUUAUAUUGUAGUUGCAAAUAAUAAAUUUAUACCAGAUAAUGAAUUAAGUUGGAACUCACAACCAACAAGUAGAGGAAGAAGAAUAAAUGAUUUAAUAAAUUAAAUGAUUAAUAAAGGAUAGAAAUUUUCUGUUUUAGAUCACAUAAAAUUAUAAUCAGAUACAUAUGAUAGUUAUGCUUGUAUGACUAAAGAUGAAUUAAUUUAAUUACUUAAAAAAUAUGAUAAAAAUAAUGAAUUAAUAAAUGAAAUAGUAAUAUUAGAAAAUUGGACUUGUAAAUGGGAUUCAGAGUCUUCAGGUGCCUUAUUAUAUGGAGUAUUUGAAUAUUUUUAUUCAUUUAAAUUUCACUCUCAAUUAGAUGAAGCUGUAAUCAAACAAUGGAAUAAUUUUUAUAUUUUUGAUUCAUUCCAUUUUAAAAAUCUGAUUGAUAUGAAUAAUGCAUAACCUAAUGAUUAAAUUCUUAAUUAACCAUAUUGUAAUGGUUCAGUUCAAGAUAAAUGUGCUUAAAAUUUAGUUGAAUCAUUAAGAGAAGCCAGAUAAUUUAUACAUGAAAAAUUUGGAAAUCAAACAAAAGAUUGGAAAUGGGGAUCAUUACAUAAUUAAGUUUUUCCUCAUGCAUUUUCGAAUACACCUUUCGCAUUCAUUUUUGAAAGAAAAAUACCUUAUCACUCAAACAGAAGAUCAGUAGCAGUAUCAUCUUAUGAUUUAGAUGGAUCAUUUAAUGGUAAAACAGGAUCCAAUUAUAAAUAAAUUAUAUCAAUGGAUUCUGAUGAAUCUAAUUUCUUUGUAAUUGAUACAGGAAUAAGUGGUAAUCCUUUUAGUAAAUUAUACACUAAUCAAAUGGAUAUUUGGAAAGAAAAUAAGUAUGUAAAAAUGAAAUUUGGUAAUAGAACAGAUUAUGAUUUAUUAUAUGUUAUACAUCCAUAUUGA